GUAAGUAAGCCCGAGGAGGUGCAUGGAUCUUUGAGUUUGACUUUCAUAACAUUUCUACUUCAUUCUUGUAAUGGUCUAACGUUUAUUACGACCUUAUACAUUUAGUUGGGAAAUGUGGAUGAUAGUGUUUUCCACGUCUUACUCGAAUCAGGCCAGGGUCUUGGAGAUGAAGGCAGUUUACUUUAGCUAGCUUGUUGUCAACUUCUUGAAUUGCACUCGACUCCCUAGAGUUGAGCGGAUUGGAGGAAGGAUAGACGCCUAUUCUACCGGCGUACCAACAGUAGCCCCUGCCGUCUCUUUGCUCUGCAGCUCAGCAGUGGCUGUUGCAGUGGCUGUUGGCGCCACACACAUAUCAAGAGUUUCCUCCACUAUCGAGAAAUUUGAUGAGUCAUCAGCAUGGAGUCUUGGCAUCCCAUAGCUCGUGUGUAUCACCCACUAACAGCAGGUUCUAUAGAUGGGACUGAUACCAGACCACAUGACAGGGCUGUAGAGAGAGCCAUCAAGGCCAGUUAUGUACCGCCCUCUGUUGACAAUGACCCGCACUUGACCCUCUUUGUGGCUAGGCUCAACCCUGAGACGACAGAGAAGACCCUACGCAAGACAUUUUCAAAGUAUGGCGACAUCAAGCAAGUGAAUCUCAUCCGUGACGUCGUGACAGGCUUCUCCAAGCAGUAUGCAUUCAUUGAGUUUGAAGAGGAACGAUCAGCAAGACGCGCGAGGGCAGAGGCAGAUCAGAGCGUGAUCGAGGAACACAUCGUCUUUGUGGACUGGGAGUGUGAACAUACGUUGGAUGGUUGGAUCCCCAGGAGGCUGGGUGGUGGAUUGGGAGGCAAGAAGGAAUCCGGUCAGCUGAGAUUCGGUGGUAGGGACCGACCAUUCAGGAAACCUAUCGUAGUACAGGCAAUUAGAGAUAGAGGGAUAGAAAGAGACAGAGAUGAAGGGAUAGGCAGAAGCAGAGAUAGAGGGGUGGACAGAGACAGAGAUAGCGGAAUUAGAGAUAAAGAUAGAGAAAUAGAACGAGACAGAGGUAGGGAGAAUAGAGAUAGAGACAGGGAGAAUAGAGACAGAGAUAGAGGGAUAGAAAGGGACAGAGAUAGAGGGAUAGACAGAGACAGAGAUAAAGGAAUAGAACGAGAUAGAGGUAGGGAGAAUAGAGAUAGAGAGGAUACGGAUAGAGAGAGAGGGUUAGGCAAAGAAAAAGAUACAGACACGGAAGAUGGAGAAAUAAAAGAUAGAGAUAGAGAGUACAGCACAGAUGGAGAUAGAAGAACGGGUAGAUAUAGAGACAUAGAAAGAGAUCAUAGAGCAAGGGAUAGAGGGAAGGAUGAAAGCAGAGAAAGAUUAGGAGAUCGGUAUAGAGAAAAAGAUAGGGACAGAUACAGGGAGAGGGAAAGAGAUAGAUAUAAAGACAGUGAUAGGGAUAGAGAUAGAUAUAGGGAUAGGAGGAAAGAGAGGGAUAGAGAAAGGGAAGGAGAGAGGAAAGAAAGAAAGGGAAGCUAUAAGGAAAGAGAAGAUGAGGAGGGAAUAGAUGAAGAAGUGUAUGACGGGAGAGAAGUGGAACAAUAUAUUGCAGAUGUAAAAAGAGAACUAUGUAGUUCAAGAUGGGAUAACUAGGUUUGUGAUGUGGAGUAAAGGUAAAGCAUCGAGUUGGUUAAAAUAGAAAGCAUUCCUAAGGGCUCAGUGAGAUACAACUUGGUAAUCCACCGCAGAGAAAACCCUGCCAUGGUUCUUUUACGUGUAAAUGUAUUGCAACUGCUCGCAUUGAAGGUCCUAUGCGUAUUCACAUAGCACUGUGUUAAAGAAAUGUGCAGCGUCUACCACCUCAUAUCUAUAGGAGGCUUUAGAUGGUUAAUCUAUUUCCAAAAGAGGGUCCUUUGUAAUGCAUGAAUGAAACAAGAUAUUAUGUGUAUUGUGUAAUGUUUGAGUUAUCCAUCACAGAUACAUAAUUUUAAUUGUAAUUUUAUAAUUGUCAUUGUGAACAUUUCACAAAUAAAAUUGUCUUUGGACUUGGACAAAUGGUGUGAGCUCAAAACCCACGUUUGAAACCGGUUCUGGUUCAGAGCUACAGCGCUAGCAUCAUAGUCUGAGCUAUAAAUAGUAUGAUACACUCAUAAUAGACAAAUUAGUCAGAAACAUAUGUUGGCAGCAUAGUUAUUUAUUGAUUAACAAAAUGCCCAGCAUUGUAUCAAAUAUUUGAUAGAUUUAUUUAUAAUUGUCCUUUCUUUUCUGGCACGAAAUUAUGAUUCACUUUACAGGUUACUUAAUACAAUUAUCAAGAAAGUCAUCUUUCAAUAAAUUAACUUCCAAUAAUGAAUGAUGAAAGAGCAUAAAGUGAUUUUUAUUUUAUAAGAUUGAUACGUAUGUCUGUUUUUUGUUUAAUAAAACACAAGUAUGGUAU